AUUGGUAGUCGGUCAACAUGGAUUCCACUAAAUAUAAGCCACCCAGAAUGCGGUUUCUAAAUGGACAGGAGUUCUGUCAUUAUGUUGGACUAGGAACUAUUCAGGACACGAAAGAGGUAGGGCCAGCACUAAGAGAUGCUAUAGAUAUUGGGUACCGUCACAUUGACUGUGCACCUCUUCAUCAAAACGAAGAAGAAAUAGGGAAGGUAUUACAUGAAAAAACAACUGCUGGCGACGGAACAAUUGAUCGGAAUGACUUCUUUAUUACAUCAAAGAUUUGGGGAACAAACUUAAAUCCAGAGAAAACAGAGAAGUCAUUCAGAAAAUCGCUAGCAGACCUUGAACUGCAAAUCCUAGAUCUGCUACUUAUUCAGGUUCCCUUUGGACUUAAGGAAGGAGACGAAAAUUUUCCGAAAGUGGAGGAUGGAACCUUUUGCCUAUCGGAUGUGGAUUAUACAAACACAUGGAAGGUGUUAGAGUCGCUGGUGGAUGAGGGUUCCGUCAGGUAUAUAGGUGUGUCAAACUUCAACUGUGCACAAAUGCAGAGGCUAUUGGAUACCCCGGGUCUGAAGUAUAGGCCAGUAUGUAAUCAGAUAGAGAUUUCACCUUACUAUGUCAACGAGAAUCUAAUCCAGUACUGUCAAAAAAGGGACACACAUGUUGUUGCGUAUGCGCCUCUCGGUGCUCCGGCCAGACUUUGGGUGAAAAAAGAGGAUCCUGUGCUUCUCGAGGAAGAUGUUAUUAAAAAGAUUGGCAAAAUACAUCAACGAACACCGGGUCAGGUUGUGCUACGCUGGGGAGUACAGAGAGGAUACUCAGUCAUACCGAAAAGUUCAAAUCCGAAGAGAUUAACUGACAAUUUACACAUAUUUGACUUUUCACUUACUGCCAGAGAAAUGGAGGAAAUAUCAGCACUGAACAAAAGCCAGAAAGCGUAUGGAUUUCAAGGUGCAAGAAAAAGUCUAAACUACCCAUUCAACGAGCCAACUCAUAUCGAACAAGGAGGGUCAGCGAUCCUGUAAAGCCUAUUAUUCUGAUGAUAUCUUUGUUCCGUCAACAUUGACAUUCUUCACGUCCAGAAUCUUUUAUAACAUCAUGAUAAGAAUAUUUCCUCGGUUACGCAGUCACUAUCUGAAAAAACAGAAUAGAACAUAUAUCGGUCAUAACUGUUUUCCGAAUUUAACCGUCAUAAUAUUGUCUGAAUAUGUUUAUAUGACGUUAAACAAAAAACAACCCUCAAAUAUCUCUGUUUUUAGCAAUCACGAGUGAAAUAUUAAGUACCCUAUUUACUUUCAAAUAUCAACAUUUCCAUUAUGAUAAAAUUGCCAUCUGAAAUUAUUACAGAAUUCCCGACAGAUUUAAAAUCAACUCUCGUCUCAACUCGUAACCAUAGCAACCACAAAUAUGUUUCCGCAAGAUACAGUGCUACUCGUUAUUUGAAAUGUGUAAUUGAAUUAAGUUAUCGAAAAGAACUAAAGUAGUUUUAAGCGUCAACAUAAGAAAUUAAUUUCAUUUUAAAUAGUCAUCAUGGAUAUGUUACUCAUUACUGUUUUAACAUAGUCUCCAGCACAUCAGUGUGUAUAUUUGUUUAUUGAUAAAUCUGAUUUAUUGAUAAACGGAACUGUUAAAGAAACAUUAUAUAACCUGAAGGCAGUUUGUUUAACAGACCCCUCUGAGGAAUACCCUUUUAUAAAGUAGUAACAAGUUUGUCACUGUUUCUCAAUGUGUGUAGACUGUAUCCUUACUGGCUGACUUGUUUUUAAACGAAGCUGAUUAUAUGGAAGAUGCUCUAAAACAGGCAGAAGAGACAUUCCCAGUUUGCCAUUUCUAGAUAAAUAAUGUCAACCCUAUUAACUUUACAACAAUUGCUAAACAAGUUGUAUCAACUUAUAUUAAUCACUCUUGUUGGUAAGGUGUACAGACACUUUAUCACUAGCCCUCCACCACUGGGUUGCGAGUUCGAAACCUACGUGUGGCAGUUGCCAGGUACUGACCGUAGGCCGGUGGUUUUUCUCCGGGUACUCCUUAAAUGACCUGGCUGUUAAUAGGACGUUAAACAAAACCAAACCAAAAUCACUCUUGUUGGUCCGGAUGAAAGCGAGAAAACCCACGUGAUCGGGCAGGGUUAUAUCAUAUUUGUACGCUAGCUUGAAAAAAGCUAUGAACUUUUAUAGUGUAAUAUCAGUGAAAUGACAUCCAUAAACAAUAGAUCUAUAUGUUAGAGAGGAUAUCAUUUGAAAUAAUCAGCUAUUGUUUGAAAAUGUGUGCUCAAACUGUGUGCCUUAGACCUACAUAAGAUCUUCCGACAGUAUCAAAGAAAUGAAGCAAGCUAACGGCUACGGUUGGUAAUCCGUGCUAAGUGUUGGAUGAGCACUUAGAUGUGUAAGCUCCUCAAAUUAUCCAUAAACAUUGUUAAACAUUGUACUAUCUUGGUUUCAAUGGAUUCGGCUUACAUCACAUCUGAUGAGGACUCAAUAUAGUUGGGAAAUUUCAUUGUUAUGUGUAAGCGGAAUGCUUACAGUUAUCAUGUUUUAUUUGUACAUGAGUUUAUUGACAUCUUGAUCUCUAUUGCUAUGGAAUUGAAAUA